GAGCGGCGGUUCCGCUUCCGGCGGCCUGGCUCGGCGCGGCGGGCGGAGGGAGACGGUUGCCAUGAGCUUCCUGAAGCGGUUCCCGCCGCCGGCCGAGGGGGUUCGGCAGCAGCAGCCCGACACUGAGGCGGUGCUGGGAGGUCGCGGGCUGGGCACCGGGACGCUGUACAUCGCCGAGAGUCGCCUCUCAUGGUUAGAUAAGUCUGGACUGGGUUUCUCUUUGGACUAUCCCACCAUAAGUUUACAUGCUGUCUCCAGGGACCUAAAUGCCUAUCCAUGGGAACAUUUGUAUGUCAUGGUGAAUGCCAAAUUUGAAGAGGAAGAGCCAAAAGAAACUCCCAUGGCUGAAGGGGAGGAGGAGGAAGACAGUGAUGAUGAUGAUGAACCAAUUGCAGAAUUCAGAUUUGUACCCAGCGACAAAUCCGCCUUGGAAGCUAUGUUUUCAGCAAUGUGUGAAUGCCAAGCCCUACACCCAGACCCUGAAGAUGAAGAUUCAGACAAUGAUUACGAAGGGGAGGAGUAUGACGUGGAAGCCCAUGAACAAGGACAAGGCGAUAUCCCUUCCUUCUACACAUACGAAGAAGGGUUGUCACACUUAACUGCAGAGGGUCAAGCCACUUUGGAGAGAUUAGAGGGCAUGUUAGCUCAGUCUGUGAGCAGCCAGUACAACAUGGCUGGAGUGCGAACAGAAGAUUCAGUGAGAGAGUUUGAAGAUUCCUCUCGUGGCACUUCCAGAAUAAGCUGUAAAACUGAAGGCAUUGCAGUGACUAUUGGGAAUUAACCUCUUUAAUAACUUCUCUAUUAAUGACCUAAGCAUGGACAUCCAUGUUGGUAAAUGCUUUUAUAGAUGUGCUUAAAACAGAGUUUGAUAUUUCUGUGACCACCGUGGGGUUUUUAUUUAAAAGAUAAAAACAAUAACACCUCUUAUCUAAUGCUUGAAUGGGGCUAAUCAUGGCUCGUUUCUAGGAAGCCUUUGUAGGAAUUCUAGGAAUUAAGAAACAAAAUUGUAAUUAGAACAGAAUUCUAGGUUGUCCUAGAAUUUGUCCAUAUUUUUGUAUCUGUUUAUCCACUGAGUCAGCCAUGUAUGAUAGAAACAGGAGUUUGGUAAAGAAAAAUAAAGUCAGCUGAGGAUGCAAAGCAAAACUAACUAAAUUUUUAGCCCUCCAAGUAACUAGCUUUAUCUAUUCAGAUCUUUUGUCUGUCACUUUUUACUGACAGAGUCUGGGUAGGGGAGAGGGUAGAGUGAAGUCCCACAGAUGAGACUUGUUUUGUGUCUUUGUAAUAAACAUUAACAAAAUUGUUUAAUAAACUUAGACUUUUGUAUCUCACAAUCCAA